GGCAUUGCAACCAUCACACGACUUUCCACAAAACACCAGCAUUCCUCCCUCCGACAACACAUUUUUGCCAAAGGAUCAUUGUGUUGGUUCCGUACACAUUCUUCAAACGUCCAUCUUCUUACAUGUUGCAUCUCGACCAUAAACAAUAUUUGGCCAUUCCAAGGUUGCAAGAUUGCUUCAAUUCAAUCAUGGCUACAAUUGCUCUACCCAGGCCCAUUCCCGCAGGACACACGAGAUCUUCUUCACCACCCCACUCGCACCCUUUAACUCCCACGCUAAGCCUGGAUUCCAUCAAUUCGUCGUCGGCUUUCCCAAUUCCCAUUCCAAAUAAACAUCUACCAGUAUGCCCUCCAGGUCCCACUCCAUCCGAGAAACCAGAUACCCCUCCCAACUCCCCACCAGCCAAAGAACUUUCUUUGUCCCCCCAGCGAUCAAUCCUGUAUCCGCCCGUCAAUUAUAAUUCACGAUACAUUGACUCUUCCAUAAUAUAUGAGAUCGACGCAGCGGGCGUAGCUGCUGCUUUGGAACAUUUAGCAGGCCAACCCCUACCUGACCCCUCUCAAGUCUUUCCAUGGUUCCAUGGUCUGCAUCCCUCCAAUCACAUCCAACAAGCUUUCUUUAUAGCACGGCGGCGAACCUUACGAAGAACACCAAAAUGUAUUCGAGGUAUCACAAUUGUCAAGGCCGAUGGAGAUUUGACUUCUUCAAGACUGAAGGGUGCAAUUACUCCUGAUGAGUUCUUGAAGUUUGGUCUCACGACAGAAUUUCAAGAAGUCGAUCCAAAAGAAGGGUUCUCGGUCCGAAACUUUCAAAUACAACCCGCGAAAUCUGCCAUGGUAUCAGACGUCAUUGUUUACGGAGAGGAUUCUCGUAAUGUUGAGAGGCUGGCGAAGGAAAUUGCUGCUGCACAACAAGUUGUUCGCGAGACUCAUUUUAAUCAAGGUCAUGAAAUAUCUCAAUACAAUACGUUUAUAUGCACUAGCGCGUUCAGUGAGUUCGAGGAAGAGUACCCGCAAAUCGUGUCGGUGGAUUCUCGGGCCAGAUGGACUGGGGAAGUCAUGGAUUUCUUUCACCAGGAAAGAGUGGAGAUGUGUGCCAUGACAAAAGCUUCGGAAAUCGAUCAUAAUGUGUGGUUGGGUCCAACCCCAGAUGGAUACUCGGAAACUCGCCAAGCAUCUUCGGGAGGAGAAUUUGAUAUUCUCAUCGAAUGCAAUGAUAUGGGUCAUAUCAAUCCUCGAGAAUUACAAGAAAUUGCAGAAGGUAGAUCAAACAAACGACAAUUAGGAUUUCCAUCCUCCGGAAUGAUUCAACCACCGUCGUGGGAGCACGAACAAGCAGAUGGAAUUCUCGAAACUUGUAAAUGGAUAUACAAUCUCUCCCACGGUAUUUUGCCGGAGGAUGAAGAUGGUGAUAUUGAUUUGACCACUAAGGUAAAGGGAAAAAAGAUACUGAUUCAUUGUACUGAUGGCUACACCGAAUCUACUCUCCUCGGUCUUGCAUAUUUCACUUAUGCAACCGGUCUCUCUAUCCCUAAAGCCUGGCUUGAUUUGCACAUUUCAAAGAAGCGCAACUUCUUUGCAUACCCGCAAGAUGUCAGUCUUCUUACAACCAUCGCACCUCGCCUCCUUUCUGAAUCGCCUGUUCAUCGAAAUUCAAGUUUGUUGGAUAUUACCGAUCUUGCCAAAGAGGAACCGGAGUGGAUAAAGUGUAUGGAUGGAAGUCUCCCUUCUCGGGUUACUGACUAUAUGUACCUCGGGAAUCUUGGACACGCUAAUAAUCCGGAUCUUCUAAGACGUCUUGGCAUCAAACAAAUUUUGAGUGUGGGUGAAACUGCAACGUGGAAGGAUGGCGAAAUGAACAAAUGGGGAAAAGACAAUGUGAUGGUUAUUCAACGGGUGCAAGACAAUGGUGUAGACCCUUUGACCGAUGAGUUCGGACGAUGUUUGGAUUUUAUUGAAAGAGGCAAACUAAAUAAGACAGCAACCUUGGUUCAUUGCCGUGUGGGUGUAUCUCGGAGCGCAACUAUCUGCAUAGCCGAGGUCAUGCGUACAAUGCAUCUUUCAUUUCCGCGCGCGUAUUGUUUUGUCAGAGCCAGAAGAUUAAAUGUUAUCAUCCAGCCACAUUUGAGAUUUAGUUAUGAACUUUUGAAAUGGGAAGAGAAACUUAAAAUGUCAGGAGGCAAGUUUGGGGGAAAGUGUAAAGGCAGGGAAUUGGAGUGGCCUGAUAUUGCAAGAGAAAUCGCAGAGAUGAACAGACCCUACAGUGCUGGUAGAUGAUGUUGGAUUGGAGUGACAUCACAUGGGAUUGUAUGGAUGGAUUCGGAGUUGAAUAUUGGGUAUUACUUACUUUCGAUGGGAAAUUAUGAUGUUAUGAUUGGGGUUUACUUUUUCUUGUUUAGGAUGGAUGACGAAUGAUGGAUGAUGGGUGGAUUGGAUUGGAGGACAUUGGAUACAUACCCCUUCUCGGUUGAAACGUUUUAUUAAUUUUGGAUGCGGCUUUUGGUUACGAUUGGAUUACGAUAUGACAGCGACAGAUACCACAUUCUUUGGCAGCGUAUAGAAACGCUUGCAGUUAUUCUUAGGGAUAUCUUUAGGGACUUCAGGGAAAAGGAAGUACAUAAUUAUACGGUGUUCGGGUUUGAAUUUUAUAUGAUUUCUGGGCA